AGUACAAAAUUAUUGAGAGGAGAAGAGGUAGAAAGAUGACAAUCCGUUUUGGCGCUUGAACUGCAAAACUAUCACAUCCUUCUUCAAAAAUAGUCUCCAACUUAGGCUGCGAACUGCUUCUCGAUAAUCGUCUCUGCUGAAUCCGAUGAGAUAAUGAAGGUGCCACCUCUCCCCAUGUCUGAAUAAACCUCAUCUCAUUCGCCAUAUAACGAUGCAAUUUUAAAAGUUUUGUGAUUUAAUAUAAGUUUUCUUGACGUCUUGAAAUGGGCAGAGAAAACAAAAAGAAGAUUAAGGUGUUGUGUGUAAGAUCUGAUUAUUGGUUUAUAUAUACACAGAGAAGAUUAAUAAGACUUUACUACGGUUAUAUAAAAAUGGUAAAAUGUCAAAUAUCUAAAAAUAUAAAGACACCAGUUAGUCUCUUAACAAUAUCUUGUGCCAAACUUAGAAGAGGUUCAAGACACACCCAGAAUAAAAUAAAUCAACUACACUAUUUUUAGGUGUUUUCUUUACAGCAAAAUCUAGUUAUACUAAAUUUAGAUGUAAAUUGUAUUAUGCAGUCCACUAUAGACUAACACGUACAUUUGUAAGAAAAUUACAUAUUCAGAUAUUUUAAUUAUAUUUUAUUUUUGUCAAAAAGUAUAUUUCAAAGUUACAUCAUGGUGGUGAGUGACAAAUGGAAAUUGAAGGUUUACAUUUAUAAACAAAAAGCAAAAAAAGAAGAAAAAAACUCUGUGAGGAAAAGAAACUCCUUCAAUGGCGGAAGAAGAGAAGCGAACUACACCGGAACCUACUCGUCCCUCUCCGCCGGAACCUCCAUCAAAACCCGAAGAUCCCCCGCCGGCUACAUUCGAUCCUAGUCGAAUGGUUGGGAUCAUCAAGAGGAAAGCUUUGAUUAAGGAUUUAGCUGCAGCUUACCAGGCUGAGUGUCUUGCUUAUUGCCGAGAACUUCUUGACCUCCAAAAGAGAAAGGACGAGCCGUUUCUGGACACAAAAGCUACAGAUGAUGUGAGAAAAGAGACGUUGAGGACUUCUUCCAAACGAGCUAAGAAAAAACGUUAAAUAUGAGAAAAACACUUGUAUGAUGCUUAGUUCUACGAUGAAUAAUGAUGUUGAUAGAUCAGUUCUCAUAUUUUUAGAUGGCAGUGAAAAAGCUUGAAAAAUUUGUCUGAUUGUUUAUCUAAGUAUUUACACAUUUACAA